CGACGAGCUCGCCCGGUUCCACACCUUUUCGCACCUCUCGCCACCGGGGCCCACGGCGACCACACGACUAACGGCAACCAGCUGCGGAUUUGGUCUCCAAUUGGGUGGCUAAACUAGGCAACCAGGGCUUAUCUUUGACCGCCUCCAGAUACUCGACCCUUAUCUCGGGAAGCCACAGGACAGCAACAGAUUACGGAUUGGUUAGAAUUAUCAUAAACGAUGUCUCACGGUUCCUAUUCUUCAUACUCUGCCUCCAUCAUGACUGAAGACGAAGAAGAUUGGGAGGACUAUGUCAAGGGAGGCUACCACCCAGUCAAGAUUGGCGACGAGUUUUCCGAUGGACGCUACGUCGUCGUCAGAAAGCUCGGUUGGGGUCACUUUUCCACUGUCUGGCUCGCCAGAGACACAAAGAUGAAUCGCCAUGUUGCCCUCAAAAUCGUGAAAUCAGCCCCGCGAUAUACAGAGACCGCCCUGGACGAAAUCAAGCUCCUGCAGCGUCUGAUCACGUCCUCGACUCCACCCGUCGCGCCCACCCCAGAGAAUCCAAAUCCACCCCCGUCUCCCUCUCAUACCCACCCCGGGAAAUCGCACGUCAUUCAAUUCCUGGAUCACUUCCGACACAAGGGGCCCAAUGGAACCCACGUCUGCAUGGUUUUCGAGGUUCUGGGCGAGAACCUCCUUGGUCUCAUUAAACGACACCAGAGCAAGGGCGUUCCGAUGCAUCUCGUUAAGCAAAUCGCGAAACAAAUCCUCCUCGGUCUCGACUACAUGCAUCGCUGUUGCGGCGUCAUCCACACAGAUCUUAAGCCCGAGAACGUCCUCAUCUGCAUCGACGACGUCGAAAACGUCAUCUUAGCCGAGCUUGAAGCCUCUUCUGCAGCAGCCAGCACGCCACCCACGAGGCUAGUCGGUGUUCCUCCUUCGAAAGGACGUGGAGGCAACCAAACUCCAAGAUCCGAAUCCGUUUUCAUCACCGGCUCACAGCCCCUUCCCUCGCCUUCCUCAUCCUUUGGCACGAGCCCAAUGCUAGACAAAUGGGCAUUUGGUAUGAGCAGGAUUGAGGGAGACGACAACAGCAAUGGCAUCGUGGAGAAGAAGGGCCUGUCAACGGUGAAACGGGCUGUCUCGACGGAUUUGGUCGCUGAAGUCAACAACGUCUCACUAGAAACCCAGGCUAGCUACGUUGGACGCAUGCCUGGCGCGCCCGGACCUUCCCUGCUCACCGACACCAAACCUGUUCCUAUUCCUGGCGCCCCAUCCCCCGAACCUCCAGCAGACGGGGCCCCUCGCUCUGUGAUGUCGGUCGAUCAACGAUCCGACUCUUCCAGUGCCAUCGACUUGUCAGAGAAGAUCACUGUUAAGAUCGCGGAUUUGGGAAAUGCCACGUGGGUUGAGCAUCACUUCACCGACGAUAUCCAAACUCGACAAUACCGCUGUCCCGAAGUCAUCCUAGGCGCCAAGUGGGGCACUAGUGCAGAUAUUUGGAGUGUAGCUUGCGUGCUCUUCGAAUUGAUCACUGGCGGUGAUUAUCUAUUUGAUCCCGCCUCUGGUUCGAGGUACAGCAAGGAUGACGACCACAUCGCUCAGAUCAUGGAGCUGCUCGGCGAGCUACCAAGGAGUAUAGCCUUUUCCGGCAAAUACUCUUCCGAAUUCUUCAACCGGAAAGGUGAGCUACGGCACAUCAACAAACUACGAUAUUGGCCUCUCGACUCUGUGCUGCACGACAAGUACCUGUUCCCUAAACACGAAGCCGACGCACUCGCGGCAUUCCUCCUCCCGAUGCUCCGCCUCCACCCCGAUCGACGCGCCAAAGCCUCCGAGUUGAUCCACCACAACUGGCUCGAGGGUACCGUCGUACAAGGCGAGAUCGACGUGAUUAAGAGGGCUGAAGCGGAGGAAGCAGCGCGGAAGAAGGCGAAGGCCGAUCAGCAGCGCCAGGCGUCGCAGAAACACAAGCGGGACGAUUCAAAACUCGUCCAGGCGGGAGGGAUGCAGCUGUUGGACGAGGACGAGGCGGAUGCGAUGAAGCCUAUCGAAGCUGGGGCUGUGGUGGCUGAUGGAGAGGCCGAGGGUGAACAGAAGGAUUUGAAACCGGUGCAGCAGUUGCAGUUGCAGCAUCAGCCGCCAGUGUUGAACCCUCCUCCGAUCCCGCAUGGCGCGUCGGGGCUGACGAGGACUGCGCCUGCGAAUGUUGCGAAACAGGUUUCCCCUCCUCCUGCCGCGAAUAAUCGUCAGCCAUCUGCUGGUAAGAAGACGUCCAAAUCCGGCCGGAGUUAA